CUCCAGCACGGUCAUACUGAAUACAAAAAAUGCAAGAUGCAGGUUCAUAUUCGAAUUGGAAAACCACUUUGAUCGCGAAUUAGGAACUGAUUACCAGUCGCACGUGGCUUAAAAUAUUCUAAACGGCAGCGCGCUGGGAUAGAUCUCAAGUUUGGUGAUUAGCAGUGGGAUAAACCGCGCAAAGCAGCGCCAUGAGGAAGCGAAGCUCGCGUUGUAACUCUGACACUUUCAAGGAGGAGCAGAUGGACCACAACGGUGACGACAUCAGCCUGCUGCAGCGCCCGUUACGCACCGCCCACACGGGAUUCGAGGAGGCCCGUCGGGCCUAUGAGGAUGGCACCAGUGAGGUGCGCCAGCUUCUUAGUCUGGAGUGCAGCCUGAUCUACGAGUGCAAGGUGUGCCGCAACAUGUUUCGCAGCCUAGCAAAUUUCAUCAGCCACAAACGCGUCUUUUGCUGCGUCAGCGCUCGUUCCGCGAAUGGCAGUGGAUACACAGAUCAGAAUUCCACUAUGAUCAUACAAACGGGUGGUGGUCCAUCGCCGCAGGACAUCGAACAUAUGCUCCGCAGCAGAAGUACGGGAUGCUCCCCAGUUCCGCGCGACGUGCGUCCUUUACGAGGAGGAGGUGGCAGCAUAAGAGACCUAAGUGGUGUUAUUGAGCGUCUGCGACGAGAAAAGGCUCCAUCGCAGGCCAAGCGAAGCUCCUCAACGGUUCUGCAGCUGGAGUCUGUGCCCAACUCCAGCCAGGCCGUUUAUCAGACCAUCAAAGUGGACCAGGAUGACAGCAUAAGGACAGAACUUGACGAGGUGCAUCGCAUGCUUAAUCCAUCUGAAACCAUUGUGGGACCUGACGGCAAGGCCUUGGCAUCCGUUAAGCUAGAAAACAAUGGAGGCAGCGACUCUGGCGAAACCGGCGAGCAGUCCAUCAGCGAUGAAACGGAGACGAGUAUUUUCUGCGAGAUCUGCAAUCUGACUUUUCAGACGCACAAAACGCUUGAGGUGCACAUUCAGAAGCACCACUCAUCAUCGGCGUUUGUGUUCCAGUGUCCAGCCUGUUCGCUGACCUUUUUACAGGCCGCUGCUGUCAUUCGUCAUUUAUCGAAGGAUCACAAAAAACCAACUCGGCGCAUUCGAAUGAUGCGGAACACUAUCCUUAAGCGACGCAUUCAACAAGGAGAUGUUCAGCCAAAGGGCCCCUGCCGGGAGUUGAAGCGGCUACAGCUCUCCGACGACGUGGUGGGCUAUGAACCUGAGCCAUUAGAUGGCAGCGGUGAGCACCGUAAGAUCAUGUCUCUGUGUAUCUAUUGCGAAAAAUCAUUCGAGCGUCGCGCUGCCUUGUCAACACACCUGCUCAAUUGUCGGGCGAAGCAGGAGGCGCUGGCCAAGCCGGCUCCUUCCGUCAAAAAGCUGAAGAUGAAGAGCAAUGAUUCCGGUUUGGAUGCAGCUGAUGACGAUCCAACUACAUCCAUACGUAUGCCGAAAACUGAACCUAUCAAAACCGAGGAAAUUACACUGAAUGAGAUGUUCGCUGAUCUACCAGAGCCGAACGACUCAUUUGCACCUGGUCUGCACACAGUGUCAUUGGAUCAGCUCAAUUUGGGCAAUGUAAGUGACUCUGCUAGUGAUGAGGCCUCUAACACUGAUGACGAGCACGAGCUUACAUUAGGUGCCGAACCCGAAUCCACUGCCGAUAUCAAGGGUAAGGCCAAAAAAAAGCGUAACGUCCCAGUUGAGAAGCAGCUGCGAUGUCGCUGUAAAAUCUGCCACAAGCAGUUCAAUGCCCUCGGAAAUUUACGUCGUCACAUAUCCAUGUUCCAUUACCGCGCACGCCGUUUUGGCUGUAAUCUUUGUGAAUAUCGCGCAUUUAGGCGCUACGAUAUUGUAAAUCAUUUGGGAUUUACUCAUAAGAUAGAAGGAGACCGAGACCAGCUAACGGAGCAAUAUGUGUCCACCCACGAGUGCGAGUACUCUCGAGACGAUGUUGACGGAGAUAUCAUUUUGCUGGAUAGGGAGGAGGAGCAGCUUACAGUGACGGAGAAGGAUGCCAAACCCCCUAUUAAAACAUAUGAAAGGCGCUUGAAGCGUCUUAAAACCGUAACAGAAUCUGUUGGUGAAGUGCAACCGAAAUCACCAACAGCGGCGGUUAAAGAAGAACCCGGUCAGGAGCCGCUGGAGAGCACUCCGACGUCCAGCAAGAAGCGCCGCAAAUCUCGGACCCAAAUCUCACCAGAAUCUGGAGAACAUUCCCAAGAUAAGCGUCCUAUUCGUAAGCGCGUUAAGGCGGUCAACAAGGACUUUGUCUACGAUUUGGUUAGUUUCAAACCAGAUGGAUCAGGCCAGCAACCUCCUGGAGCGCAGGCCGUAGAAUCCAUGCGGGCCAAGCUGCGUCGUCCGGCGACGUCGGUAAGCAAUGAUGAAAGUAAGCACAAACAGUGCGAAGCCUACAUUACGGAAGAGAAGAAGCCUCUUGUGUUGGGCAUCACACGACGAAUCAUGCUGGAACUCGUGAGCCAGGGUCUGGCGGUGUCUGCUACUUUACCGGAAUUGCCCUCGGAGCGACCCCAGAUACGACCUCGUCUUAUUUCGCACUCACGCAGCGAUAGCGGUUCGCAGCAAAAGCAAAAUAUUGUAGAAACUACAGUGGAUCCUGCUCCGGAAACUGAGAGUUUCAUCGAGAAGAUUGCGAAGCGAACAGCAGCUGCUGGCAAGGAUAACGCUGUCAUCAGCAACCUGUGGAACAAGGUCAACACUGCGAUUGCCCAGCAGAAGAAGGAACAGGAGCCGAUUCAUGAGACUCAGCCAGAAAAAAAGUCGGAAACAGUAAAAUCAAAGAGCCCUCUGCCAACGUCACCGUCGCCGUCGCCGCCCAGCAUAUGCGAAGACAUCGUGCCCGAAACGCUGGCAACCACUGGUAUGGAUUGCCUGCGCGGAAAGGGCAGUCAAGCGGGAGCUUCGACAAUGUUUCCGGCCCUGCCCAAGCCGCCAUCCGUUCUGCAGGCGGCUGCCAAUGGGACGAUACAGUUCACCCUGGACAGUCUCCUGCGAGCCGCUCUGCAGAACUAAACGGAACCGGAAAUGGAAGCCACCGCCACCAUCAUCGUUGCAACUUUUACAGCGUUUAUUGUCUGUCCUACUGGUUUUUUCCUCAAACUUUCAGCUGGUCGCUUUGGCAUCAACCGUUUUGAAUGUAAUUCACUAGUGUCCUUAUUGUAAAACCAACUAAAUAAGAAACAGAAUCCCUUGAAGAUAAAUACGCUUCGAGUAUUACGCGGUAAAAACCACCAAAAGGACUUGAAAAACGUAGCAUAAUUUUUGGCUAUUAGCGAAUGUUUGUUGUUUGUGUGAAAAAGUACAGAUUUUUUAAAAUGUUAUAGUUAAUACUGUGUAUGUACCUAAUAUUUUAAUCCCGUAAUAAGUAAGUCACGCAAGUGUGUACGGUUGUUGUCAGUGUAUGCGUCAGAUUGCCUUGUACACUCGAAUCAGUUUGUACAUUUCAUUAAAAUCGGGCCAAUCCUGGUUAACCCAUACUUUUAAGUAUUAAGGUGGACCGAUUUAAACAGUUUAUGUAACUAUUUUUCAUAUAAAAUACGUAUAAUCUUGUGUACUGACGAUAGAGCUUUUUUUUGCUUAUUAAACUUAAAUGUUUAAUUUAUUCUUAUUUGUUGCACUUUUAUUUGUACGUUCGACUUUUUGCACUUGUAGAAGAGCCACAGGUCGCUUCUAAAGCAUACCAUAGAAUUACUCUUUUCGACUAAGUCGGUACACUUUAAUUCGAUCUCGGAUAAUGAAAGAGCUUUGGAUAUUUAGCUUGUUGACGCAUCAUCUUACCAUCUAUUAUUCAUCUAUCGGCCCCCCACCUAAUUAGCAUUAUUAUAUUCAGGAACAUCACAGAUGCGGAGUCGAGAACACGACGACUUCUGCAUGAUGUGGCAUAAAUUUGUUACACAAAAUGUUUUAUGGCAACUAGCCGAAAGUCAGAAGAAAGUUGAACAAGGCAGUCUGCUCUACACACACAGCCCAGAUACAUGUUUAUAUAUAUUUUAUACAUAAGACACGUCGACUUGGCAAGUAAGUAAGGAGAAAAUCACUCGCAGACUUUGGGCGUUGUCCUGAUCUAGACGAGUGGUUCAAUGUAUUUAUAUAUCAUUGUAAUGUACAACGUAGAGCCUUAAAUCAAAUCACCAAAUGAUAAUAAAUCCUACGAUAAUCACUAACAAAAUUUGCUGGCACUGUGAACCGAUACCAGAAAGGGGAAACAACAAGUGCCCAAUUUCCGACGCCCGCACCUGUUCGUCCUGUUUUGCGCCAGGACUGGCGGGCUGAAGCUCCAGCUGGAUGGAGGAGCACCCGUGAAGGAAAACAGGUCAACAGGCAGCUGUGCUCCUACUGCCGUUACUGCCGUUACUGCGGACACCCGACAAUUGAAAUUGUGUCACGGCCAGGAGUAUGGGCGUGGACAUGCGGAUUUGGGCAGGGAGUUGGGUUGAAUAGGGUUUGCAGUGAUGAAAACCCGAAACUGGGCCACACUUUAAAGCUAAGCGUAUCUGUGUAUCUGGAAAAUAGAGAGGCAUGGAGCGUGAGAGAGCGAGCUUGCGAGGCGCGACUGUUUGUAAUUGGAAACCGAAAGUGAAAACGCCCAGGCCUUGAAAUCCUCGACAGGAGCCGCACAGAUACGAAUUCCAAAUUUAUUUAUCAGGGGGUAACAGCGCUUCAGGCUAUGCAAAUUCAAUUUUUUAAUUCUUAUUUACUUACUGCGAAGGUAAACAGGAUUCUGUGCAAUAUAUAUUCAAAAAACCAUUUAA